AUGACGGAGAAGGCUCAGAGCACGGCCAGUGUGUCCAAUGGCACCAAGGGAGAUUCUUCAAAACGGCCGCCGCUGAAAAAGCAAGACAGCGACAAGGACUUUGAUGAUUACUUUAUUGGCCCACGCGACCUCGAUCACCACUCGAAAUGGCCCGUCUUUCUCCGUGUUCACGGCAGUGUGACACCAGAAAUGGUGUUGCCUCUGUUGUUUGUGGGCGGUUGGGCCAGCAUGAUUACACUGAUAUCAAAAUUCGUGCAUGACCUCAGCGUCAACCAGCUCCUGCUCACUGUCCUCGGUUUCGUCGUCGGUCUCGCACUGAGCUUCCGAAGCUCCACAGCCUAUGAGCGCUACAACGACGGCCGCAAAUACUGGGCCCAACUCACCUUCGCAUCCCAGAAUCUCGCCCGCCUCAUCUGGAUUCACGUCGACGAGCGUCACGACAAGGACCCGGAGCUCGGCAAGCAAGACCUCCUGGCCAAAAUCAACUGCCUGAACCUCAUCGCCGCCUACGCCGUCGCACUCAAGCACAAGCUCCGCUUCGAGCCCUACGUGCACUACGACGACCUCCAGCACCUAGCCGGCCACCUCGACACCUUCGCCCGCGAAGCCGACCAGCCCGAUGUCAACAAGAAACCCAGCGUGCUCAAAACCGCCGGUAAAUUCCUGGGUCUCCCCAUGGCCGAAUCCAACCCGCGUAAACUCCUCAAGCGCUCGCGCGUGCCCCUCGGCAACCUCCCCCUCGAAAUCCUCAACUACCUCAGCAUCUACAUGAAAUCCAUCUAUGACAACGGCACCUUCAAAGUAUCAAUCUACCAGACACAGUCGCUAAAUGCAAUCACGACUUUCAACGACGUUCUCGCGGGCACAGAGCGCAUCCUGUCAACCCCCUUGCCCAUCGCCUACAGCAUUGCUAUCAGCCAAAUCACUUGGGUCUAUAUCUUGCUUCUCCCCUUCCAGCUGUACAAACUCCUCGGCUACAUCACCAUUCCCGCGAGCAUCUUCGCCGCAUACAUAAUCCUCGGUAUCGCGCUCAUCGGUCGCGAGAUUGAGAAUCCCUUCGGCGACGACGUGAAUGAUCUCCCGCUCGACGCGUUCUGUCUGCAGAUCAGAAAAGACAUUGAUAUCAUCAUGAGUAAGCCGGCCUCGAGUAUCGAGGAAGUGGUUAUGCAUCCGGAGAAUCAGCUCUUGUACCCGCUGAGUAAGCUGGGCAGUGCAGGGUGGGCGGCUAAGAGUGUGGAGGAAAUUAGGGAUGCGCUGGCGAGUAAGCCGGGCUUGCACUUUCCGUUGGUAGAGCAUGAUGAGCAUCCUAGACCUAGUCACUCGGGCGGUGCGGGGCUUCGUCGUCGCACGACGAAUGAGCGCCGUGCUGAGGAGGGUGAGGCGGGACAUAGUGUAUGCAGUAGCAAUGCAGGCGGUGAUGCUGGGGAUUAA